GCAGAUAUCCUACUGCCUCGGCUCUCACGAUUAUUUGUGAGGAUGGUGUUGACAGAGAAGGGCGAGCGACGCUCGUUUUUCUGUGGUUAAAUAGAUGUCAGGACCCGAUGAAAUUACACGUAAGCGGGCGGAGCACACCCUCUCCCCGACCCUGCCAUUUUCAGAAAUAGACGACACUGCCAGACCAAGGACGACGUUAAUAUUACUGAUGGAAUUCCCAGUCGCUGCUAGAAGGAGAAACCGAAAGGGUGGACUUGUAAAUAAUUAAAGAGGACCCAUCUGCUGCUAAAAAAGAAGGAAAAUGCAUUUGCACCAGGUGCUGACGGGAGCUGUGAACCCCGGAGAUUGCUGCUACUCGGUCGGAAGUGUGAAUGACAUCCCAUUCACGGCCUAUGGUUCAGGUUGUGAUGUGGUGAUCUUGGCUAGUGACUUUGACUGUGUUCAGAUCAUCCCAGGAGCUCAGAAUGGAAACAUACAGGUGGGCUGCGUGGAGUGUUCCCACCAGCUUGGCAGGAUCGCUGCUUCUUACGGAAACACGGUCUGCAUCUUUGAACCGCUUUCCACCAAUCCAAAUAAGUGCCACAAGCUACUUAAUUAUCAGUGGCAAAAGACAGGACAGUUCUUUCUUGAUGCCAUCACCUACACCCUGGCCUGGGACCCACAAGGGAAUCGUAUCCUAGCAGCAGCUGAGCGACUCCAGCUGUGGGCUCCUCCACUGGCGGAUGCUCUAAUAGAGGAGGAGGAUGGGCAGAUGAUUGAGGAGAGAACGCAUCCUGUCCUAAAUGACUGGAACUGUGUCUGGCAGUGCAAGACUGCUGCAUCUGUUCACACUGCCAAGUGGUCUCCUGAUGGGGAGUACUUUGCAACAGUUGGGACGGAUGAUUGUUUACUAAAGGUGUGGUAUCCCACCACUGCCUGGCGCUCUGCAGUAGUGGUCCAGGAUUCAUCUGAAAAAAAGCCUGCUCCUGUUCACUUCUCCUUUGUUUAUUUGGCCCACCCUCGCUCAGUGACUGGCAUGUCCUGGAGGAAGACGAGCAAGUUCAUGCCCAAGGGUUCCGUGUGCAACGUGUUGCUUACUUCCUGUGAGGAUGGCGUCUGUAGGCUAUGGUCAGAAACCCUCUUACCAGAAGACAGCCUGCUUGGUGGGCAGAUCACUGAGAACACACAGUCCUUUAGCACUAGCCUGCCAGGCCUGGCGGGAAAUAAGGACAAGAUCCAGCAUGCUUUGGAGUCAAUCCAUCACCUGAAACAACUACGUCGAGGCCGGCGGAGGUCGUCUGCUCUGGUGGCACACAGUGACCUGCUGCUGCCCUCUCAGCAUGGCACACAGGACGCUCACACUCAUCGUCACAUCGUCCAGCAUGCCAACGCCCUAUGUCACUUCCAUAUCUCAGCCAGUAUUAAUCCCAACACAGAUAUCCCGUCAACACUAGCUGACUCUACAGUAUUCAACCCCGAAGAUGGAACUGGUGGUGGAGGCUUUGUGGUUCACUGGCUCAACAAUAAGGACCUCAGUUUCACCUCCUCUAUGGACCUUUUUAUGACGCAGCUCCGCAGAUACACUGAACAGCAGCUGGAACAAACGACCGAAGACCCUCUAGAUCCUGAAGGAUCUCCUAUGAAGUUUGACUUUGAUCUGGAUGAGAUGUCUGACAAAGCAUCAUCAGAACACGGAGAAGAAGUUGAUUCUGGGGAGCAAGGGAGUACCAAGGCCUCCUCCCCGGGGUCCAGCUCCAGCAUGCCUUUGCCCUCCAUGCUGCUAGAGAGGAAGCUGGAGACUCUGACCACAGAGUGGAACAAGAGCCCCGACAUGCUGUUCACUAUACACCCCGCUGAUGGGUCCUUCCUGGUUUGGCAUGUGAAGUACUUGGAUGAAUUCAACCAGGGGAUAUUCAGACAGGUUCAGGUGUCCUUCUCCUCCCGCAUUCCGGUAGCGUUUCCUGCAAGUGAUGCUAACUCUCUCAGUAAAAACAUCCUCAUGUACGCCUGCACUUUGACUGAGGGUGAGAGCGCCGGGACAGGCGAGCAAGGACGAAUGAUCCAGCGUGUUGCCCGCUCUGCUUCGAUCUCAGCUGGCCUGGGUCCAGCUGGUGCAUCCCCAUCACCGAAACUUCGCCCCGGCAUAAGUCCUGCUGUCAUGAUGGUCUCCAAGCAUGUAGACGGCUCUCUGAACCAGUGGGCCGUGACAUUUGCUGAGCGCUCUGGCUUCUCCAAUGUUCUGACAGUAUCGCACAAGACCCGAUACUGUGGCCACCGCUUCCAUCUGAAUGACCAAGCCUGCCACACCGUGCUUCCGCUGCUGCUCACUUCCUCUCACCACAACGCGCUGCUCACCCCUCCCUCUGCCCCGAGCAGUCUGGAAGGGGAGCAGCCUCCAUCCUUUCCUCUACCAAAAGGUCUUCCCAGGAAGCAGCUUCGUAACGCAGCCACAAGGACUUUCCACGACCCCAAUGCCAUUUACAGCGAGCUGAUAUUGUGGCGAGUCGACCACAUCGGACCUUUGUCCUGCACUGGAGGGGUCUCUGAACUGGCCCGCAUCAACUCUCUGCACACCUCUGCCUUCAGUAAUGUUGCAUGGCUGCCUACGCUGGUACCCAGCUCUGUUCUCGGAACUUACUGCAACAGUGCCAGCGCCUGCUUCGUGGCUUCAGAUGGUAGAAACCUGCGUCUCUAUCAGGCUGUUGUGGAUGCCAGAAAACUGCUGGAUGAGCUGUCAGAUCCUGAAACAUCUAAACUGGUGGGAGAAGUGUUCAACAUCGUCAGCCAGCAGUCCACCGCCAGACCAGGAUGUAUCAUAGAGUUAGACGUCAUUACAAACCAGUGUGGCGCCAACACUCAGCUGCUACAUGUCUUCCAAGAGGAUUUCAUUCUAGGUUACAAACCUCAGAAAGAAUCUGAGGCAUACACACCGGCCUUUUCAACUGGAGAAGAUUACCAGCCUGCCACAUUUUCUGAGAAGUUCUUCCUGGUGGUGAUGGAAAAGGAUCUGAACGGGAACUCGGACUUGCAGAUGUGGCACUUGCACCUCCAGUCUGUGCAGGCCUGCGUUGAUGAGCCGAGUCAGCAUUUUAGCUUCCAGAGCCAGCUGAUGGUUCCUAAUCAGGUUGUGAAUGCUGACUCUUCCCCGGAGACGUCACCUGUCAGACCCCUGCCGCGGUCAGCUUCUACAGCCAACCUGCAGUCAGCUAGCAAACUCAUCCUCAGCUCCAAGCUGGUCUACAGCAAGAGGCUCGAUCUGCCCCAUGGGGUGGAGGUUACGAGGGCGACGCCUUCUGCAGGUCAUCUGAGUUCCUCCUCUAUCUACCCCGUGUGCCUGGCUCCGUAUCUGAUCGUUACCACCUGCUCCGAUUCUUUUGUGCGGUUCUGGCGCUGUGCUGUGGACGGCGAUGACGGUUAUGACGGUUAUGACCAGGAAAACCGAGCGUACCGCUGGGAGCCCUGGGUGCUGAUGAAUGAGGAGGAGGACAACAACAGUUCUGUGUGUGUGACAGGACGACCCGUAGCUGUGUCCUGCUCCUACAUCGGCAGACUGGCUGUAGCUUUUAAACAGCCUCGACACGGACAGCUGCAGGGUUCCACGGAGGACUUCUUAAUGCGCGUGUCCAUCUACGAGUGUGAGUCUACUGGAGGCUCUGAGUGGGUUUUAGAACAAACGGUCCACCUUGAUGAUUUUGCCAGACCCGCAUCAACUCUGGAUCCAAGAGUCAGCGUGGAUUCCAACCUGUUUGUCUACAGCAGGACUGACCUGUACAUGAGCAGAGACCACAGCUCACCCAACAUCAAGCACUUUGUCCAUCUGGACUGGCUGUCGAAGGAGGACGGGUCUCACAUCCUCACCAUCGGAGUUGGCUCCAACAUCCUGAUGUACGGUCGCAUAUCUGGAGUGGUCAAUGAGCAGACUAGCAGUAAGGAGGGCGUGGCUGUCAUCACCCUUCCUCUAGGGGGCAGCAUCAAACAGGGGAUUCGUUCACGCUGGAUUCUGCUUCGCUCCAUUGACCUUCUCUCAUCUGUGGAUGGUACUCCGUCACUGCCAGUCUCCCUGUCCUGGGUGAGGGACGGCAUCCUGGUGGUGGGCAUGGACUGUGAAAUGCACGUGUAUGCCCAGUGGCACCAGGACAAGAAGCCCGGCGAUGGAGAAGAGGACAGGCUGUCAUCUACAGAUAUUGCUGGAGGUCAAACAGCAGGUUCCUCUUCUGUCAGUGAAGGGAGAGCCAGGUCUAAGAGUGUGUUUGAAGGGAGCGCUGGAGUGGAUGAAGCCCUCAGGGCCCCAGCAGGACUACAGGAGGGUGGACUGUUUGAAGCUGCUCACUGCCUAUCCCCAACUCUACCACAGUACCAUCCAACCCAGCUGCUGGAACUCAUGGACCUGGGCAGGGUUCGCCGUGCCAAAGCUAUCCUUGCACACCUGGUGAAGUGUAUCGCUGGAGAAGUUGCUGUGGUGAGGGAUGUAGAGGCGGGCGAAGGCGGAUCCAGGCGGCAUCUUUCUCGAACCAUCAGCGUGACCGGCAGCACGGCCAAAGACACCAUCGUGGCUGGUCGUGACGGAGGCCGGGACUACACGGAGAUCAACUCCAUCCCUCCUUUGCCUCUCUAUGCUCUCAUGCUGGCUGACCUGGAUGCACCUUUCAAGAAGAAACUGGAAGAAACAGUCAGAGUGAACAAGGUGUUCGACGGUGACGCAACUCAGAAGAACUCAGAGGACCAGUAUGCUGACCUCUUCCAGAUGCCAGCAGUCACAACUGAUGACUUUGUGAACUUUGCUAAUGAUAAACCAGAGAAGAAAUCACGAGUCAUUAACCUUUCUCAAUAUGGACCCACUUAUUUUGGACCAGAGCAUGCUCAGGUGUUGUCCAGUCACCUCAUGCACUCCAGCCUCCCCGGACUCACAAGGCUGGAGCAGAUGUUCCUGGUGGCCUUGGCUGAUACCAUUGCAACCACCAGCGCUGAGGUCACCGGCUCUUCUGAUCAACAGUACAAAGGUGGUGAGGCUCUUGAUGAGUGUGGACUGAGGUACCUGCUCGCCAUGCGGCUUCAUACCUGCCUGCUCAACUCUCUGCCUCCUCUUUAUCGCAUGCAGCUGCUUCACCAGGGCCUGUCCACCUGCCACUUUGCCUGGGCCUUCCAUUCUGAGGCAGAAGAGGAGCUGCUGAACAUGAUUCCUGCCAUGCAGAGAGGCGACCCGCAGUGGUCGGAGCUCCGAGCUAUUGGAGUGGGAUGGUGGAUAAGGAACAUCAACACUCUGCGGAAAAUGGUGGAGAAGCUGGGUAAAGCUGCGUUCCAGAGGCACAGUGAUCCUUUAGACGCUGCUCUGUUCUACUUGGCCAUGAAGAAGAAAGCUGUCCUGUGGGGACUCUUCAGAUCUCAGCAUGAUGAGAAGAUGACACAGUUCUUCAAAAACAACUUCAGUGAGGACCGCUGGCGAAAGGCAGCCCUUAAAAAUGCCUUCUCCCUGCUGGGAAAGCAGCGCUUUGAGCAGGCUGCUGCUUUCUUCCUAUUGGCUGGCUCCCUUAAAGAUGCCAUAGAGGUGUUGAUCGAAAAAAUGGAGGAUCUCCAGUUGGCCAUGAUAGUAGCAAGACUGUAUGAAGCUGACUUUGAGAACUCCUCAACGUGUCAGGGCCUCCUUUACGAGAAGGUUUUGGGCUGCAACAGGGAUGGGAGUGAUUACAACUGUUCCAGGGUGCACCCUGACCCCUUCCUUCGCAGCAUAGCCUACUGGAUCAUGAAAGACUACACUCAAGCCCUUGAUACGCUGUUAGAGAGAAACCCUAAGGAAGAUGAGAACCUGGAUUUAAUGGUGAAGUCUUGCAACCCUGUGGUGUUUAGUUUCUAUAACUACUUAAGAACACACCCUCUGAUCAUCCGUCGCCACUUUGCUAAUCCAGAGGGCCCAGCAGCAGGCGUGGGCCUCACUGCAGAGAAAAGUGGUGCAGAUGAAAUAAACCUUAUUGAGCGCAAACUGUUCUUCACUACUGCCAACGCACACUUCAAGGUGGGUUGCCCGGUUUUGGCUCUGGAAGUGCUUUCCAAGAUUCCCAAAGUUAGCAAAAAGUGUGGCUCCUCGCCUCUCAGCAAAGCCUCAUCAAAGGCCAACGUGAACUCGAGCCAGCCCUUAGAGAACGGUACACGGGGAGAGGUGGACUGGGGCUCCGCAGCGGCAAAAACACACAGCUGGGGUGGAAACGAUGGUGGCGGUGCGCUGGACUGGAGCCAGCCUGCGGUCAAGCUGGAGGAAGAUGAGCUGAAGCUUGAUUGGGGAGAUGACAAGGGUGAUGAGGAAGAUGACGAUGAGGAAGGGGAUGGGGAGGGUUUGACCAUGAAGAAACCAGAUCCUGAAACCAAGGUCGACAGUGACUCCAAACAUCAAAAAGACGACUCACAGGGUGAGUCCGAGGUAGACGUGAUAGCGGAGCAGCUGAAGUUCCGUGCCUGCUUGAAGAUCCUGAUGACAGAGUUGCGUACGCUGGCCACCGGCUUUGAGGUGGAUGGAGGGAAGCUACGCUUUCAACUCUACAGCUGGCUGGAGAAGGAGAUAGCAGCCAUGCAUAAGAUCUGUAACUACAAGGUGGAGGGGAAGGAGGAGGGAUCAGAAGUGGAGCGAGCUCGAACGGCUUCUUUGGACAUAUCUGAUGAUGCGUUUGAGUGUUCGGAGGCCGGGGCUUACGAGCGUCACCAGAUGGAGCGUCGUCGUCUGCAAGCCAAACAGCAGCACUCGGAGCGACGGAAGGCAUGGCUGAGGAGAAAUCAGGCUCUGCUGAGGGUUUUCCUGUCCUACUGCAGCCUUCAUGGAGCCAAAGGUGGGGGGGUAACCUCUGUCCGCAUGGAGCUUCUGUUCCUUCUGCAAGAGAGCCAACAGGAGACCACGGUGAAACAGCUGCAGUCUCCUCUGCCGCUGCCCACCACGCUGCCUCUGCUCUCAGCCUGCAUCGCCACCACCAAGACCGUCAUCGCCAACCCUGUUCUCCACCUCAGCAACCACAUUCACGACAUCCUGUACUCUAUCACUGUGAUGGAAGCCCCGCCACAUCCUGACAUCAUCGAUGAUCGGGUAAAUGCCCUGCACACGUUGGCAGCAUCUCUGUCUGCUUGCGUCUAUCAAGCAUUGUGCGACAGCCACAGUUACAGCAGUCAGACUGAGGCCAACCAGUUCACGGGGAUGGUUUACCAGGGGCUGCUGCUUAGUGAAAGGAAGCGACUGCGCACAGAAAGCAUCGAAGAACAUGCAACACCAAACUCUGCUCCUGCACAGUGGCCAGGUGUGUCGUCUCUGAUUUCUCUGUUGACAUCUGCAAGGGAGGAGGACCAGCCAAAGCUCAACGUGCUGCUGUGCGAAGCGGUCGUGGCCGUUUAUCUUUCGCUGCUCAUCCAUGGGCUGGGCACUCACAACGGCAAUGAACUCUUCCGCCUGGCAGCACAUCCUCUCAAUAAUCGCAUGUGGGCCGCUGUCUUUGGGGGAGGAGCUAAAGUCAUCAUUAAGCCAAAGAGACCGGAGCUCCCACCAGUGCCAGCUGAUUUUGAGGCAGCCAGGCCAGAGGAGUCUCAAGAGACAGGAAGACCUGAGCAGAGCAACCUGUUCCCAAACCCCACUCCCAUCCCCACUGACACCCAGCGCCCCAAACGCCCCCCUCCUCCUGUUUCAAGGGGAGCGGGGCUGGGUGCUGUGGCACCAGCACCUGAGACCAGCUCGACUCCCCCUCAGGCCCCUGCAGAAGACUCGGACCGAUACAGACGUAGAUUCAACAUGAGGAUGCUGGUUACAGGGCGCCAAGUGAAGGAGACACCUGCCACUCCCCCUCCAGUUCCCACAGAGAGACCAACCUAUAGGGAGAAGUUCAUCCCCCCCGAGCUGAGCAUGUGGGACUACUUUGUAGCUAAACCCUUCCUGCCGCUGUCCGAGAGCAAUGCUUUGUAUGAUUCAGACGAAAGCGGUGCUGAAGAUGACGAAGAUGACGAUGACGCCUUCCUUUCUGACACACAGAUGACAGAGCACUCUGAUCCCAACUCCUACAGCUGGGCUCUGAUCCGCUUGGUCAUGGUGAAACUGGCUCAUCACAAUGUCAAGAACUUCAUCCCUCUCACUGGCCUUGAGUUCACAGAUCUGCCCGUCAGUUCUGCUCUCUGCAACGCUGUGUUAAAGACCUUAGAGACCUGGGAGCAGCUUCUGUUGGAGAGAAUGAACAAGUUUGAUGGUCCACCUCCAAACUACAUCAACACUUAUCCAACUGAUCUGAGUGCUGGAGCCGGCCCCGCCAUACUGCGACACAAGGCCAUGCUGGAGCCGGACAACACGCCAUUUAAGACCAAGAACCACCAGUCCUUCCCAGUUCGACGUCUGUGGCACUUCCUGGUCAAACAGGAAAUUCUUCAGGAAACCAUGAUUCGUUACAUCUUCACCAAGAAAAGAAAGCAGAGUGAGUCUUUAGAGAACCAUGUGGACCGUAUAAACCCAAACUGCAUAGCUGGAGCUAGCAGUCCCUAUAAGGUAGUAUCAUUUACCGUUCCAGCCCAGGCCCUGGCUCUGUCUGUUUUUCUGUUUCAGAGAUUCGCUUCCAAACCAAGCUUGAAGGAGAAAAUGCAUGUCUUGUUAAAAAAAGUAGUAGUCUGCAGGUUAGAUUCGCAGGUAGAGGCAGAUCUUGGCUACCCAGGAGGAAAAGCUAAGAUCAUCCACAAGGAGUCUGAUAUAAUUAUGGCUUUUACCAUCAAUAAGGCUAACUCCAAUGAAAUCGUGUUGGCCUCCACCCAUGAUGUCCAGGAGGUGGAUGUCUCCACCCUAGUGGCUGUCCAGCCAUACACCUGGAUAGGGGACGACUUUGAUAAGGAGUCUAGAAGCUCUGAUGACGUAGAUCAUCGCUCGUCUCACACAAACAUCGCCCAGGCGAGCACCGUCUCUUUUGCUCCACCGCCGAUGCCGGUCUCUGCGACCAUGCCGUGGCUCGGUAGCGGUCAGACCAGCAUGGGGGCCAGUGUGAUCAUGAAGAGAAAUCUGAAUAAUGUAAAGAGAAUGACGUCUCAUCCUAUAUAUCAGUAUUACAUGACGGGGGCUCAGGACGGCAGUGUGAGAAUGUUUGAAUGGAACAGACCUCAGCAGCUCAUCUGCUUCAGACAAGCAGGCAACGCUCGAGUCACUCGGCUCUAUUUUAAUUCUCAAGGCAAUAAGUGUGGAGUUGCUGAUGGAGAGGGUUUCCUCAGUCUCUGGCAGGUCAACCAAACCUCCUCCAGCCCCAAACCUUACCUGAGCUGGCAGUGUCACUCUAAGACCUGUGGUGAUUUCGCCUUCAUCACGUCCUCCAGCCUGAUCGCAACAGCUGGACAGUCCAACGACAACAGAAACGUUUGCCUGUGGGACACUCUGAUUUCUCCUAGCAAUACCAUGGUCCACGCAUUCCCCUGCCAUGAGAACGGGGCCACUGUACUGCAGUAUGCUCAGAAACAGCAGCUGCUCAUCACCGGGGGCAGAAAAGGUUUUGUGUGUGUGUUUGACAUUCGCCAGAGGCAGCUGCUGCACACUUUCCAGGCCCAUGACUCAGCCAUCAAGGCCCUGGCGCUGGAUGCCUACGAGGACUUCUUCGUCACCGGCUCUGCAGAGGGCAACAUGAAGGUGUGGAAGUUGGCUGGCCAUGGGCUUAUGCACUCUUUUAGCAACGAACACGCCAAGCAGUCCAUCUUCCGCAACAUUGGCGCAGGCGUCAUGCAGGUGGAGACGCGUCCAGGAAACCGAUUCUUCACCUGCGGAGCAGACGGCACCCUCAAGAUGAGGGUCCUGCCUGACCGCUACAAUAUUCCCAGCAGCUUAGUCGACAUCCUGUGAUGCCGAUGUCCACAUCUGAGGGUCCAAAGAGGAAAGACACAAAGAGAAGAAAAGAUAAUACCUUAUGUAACGCUCUGGCUCUAGGCCUUUAUAGUAGAACUGAUAGUUUGUCAAAAGAUCACCACGCUUUUGGCAUCUUUGAGUGUUUACUGGUUUACUGCUGCUGUAAAUUAUGUCCAGGAUGAUGAACGGAGCUGCAAACAUUUUGUUUUCCCAAAGGCUAAAAAACGGUUAUGAGCAAACGGUAUCACACCUGGAUUUAAAGCUAGAUUUAUUGUAAUUUUAUUGAAGAGUCUCUCUUCAUAGAGUGUGUCCAUAGGGAAGCUAUGCAUGUCCUGUUCUCGUCACGCGGUGCAAUCACAGGUCUAUUGAUAGUGCUCUGUAAAAGUGCUCAAGCAAAAAUUUUAAUAGUGUGUAACUGUUGUCAUUUUGUGCCCACAGCUGAAAUCUUUUAGCAUCUACUGUAACCAGCACUGUGGUUUGUUAUUAAGUCAGUGGUGAAUCAAGUUGUUGGAAUUAUUUUUUUGUUUCAGUGGUUUUUUGCUUCCCCUCUUCUUCCUCCCUGCCUUUUCACCCAGCUUUUUCUCUGCUUGUACGGAAGAGUCAACGGCACAUUUUUCUUUUUAGUGACCCCCCUCCUUACCCCUAAUCACUGGUAGCCUCUCCUGGUUUGAGUUUGGCCCUCAGGUGUGUGUGUGUGUGCGCACUCGCUCUCUGCCAGCCGUACCCGCCCACCUGCCCCUGAAAAUGCCUGUAUGUGUGGCAGACUCACUGCUAGAACAUUCCUCUCGCAAAAAUGACGUUUUCCCCCUUGACUGUGAUUUCAGUGUUCCAUCUGUCCAGUUUGAAUGCUAAACGCCCGCUCACCCACCCAGAGCAGAAACACAAAGAUCCACUUCUGGUUUUUGCACAAAAAAAUAUAUCUGUUUUUCAAUUAAGUUGAUUUUAAUAUUUUAAAUAUGUAUAUGUUUGUGUCAUUGUUUUACCUUUCCUUUGUUAAACUAUUUAACUUAUUGCCUUUUAUUUUAGGAAUGUAAGAGGUUUUACUGUAUCUGAGUGGGAGAUGUGCAGCAGUCUACUGUAUGUAAGUGUGUUUACUUCACUUUUACUAUUUCAUCCAUAAGGAAUAGAUAUUUGCACUCAAAUUCUGGAGACACUAAACAUUUAUUUCAAAUAUGAGUUAGAGAAGAAGAACUGUUGUAUACAAAUGAAUGUCAGGCUUUAUUUGGCCUCGUAGUAAAGCGUUUGAAAUAGUUUUACUAUAUAAAUGAUAUAAAUAUAUAUAAAUGAUAUAUAUAUAUGAAAUACCACAACAGCUUGUACAAACAUGAAAGCAUUUCUUUAUUUUUGGUUUGUAUCAUAACCGUUGGGUUAGUUGUGACUUUUGUUAAGUGUAUGUUUGGUAUUUAUUAAAGAGAUUUGUGUUUCUCCCUCUUUCUGCUCACUAUGUGUACUGUAUGUAUCUUGUAGGAGUUUUACCAAUUGUCUUAAUGAUCUGGUGUGUGCGUGCGUGUGUGUGUGUGCGUGCGCAUGCUAAAGAAUUCAAAAUUGUGGUUAGAUGUUUGCCAGGGACUUUGAGGCUGACGGUGUGUGACAGAAGGCUCAAGGUCAGUUUUACCUAUGUAAAGUGAAUAAAAGACUUUUUGUUUCA